AUGUUUGUCCGCCAUAUUGACACGGGAGUCACUAAAGCACUGUCAUCAACCGAUCAGUACUUUGAAGAUGAAUGCCAAAAGCUACGAUCUAUUUUUCUUAACCUUGGUUACCCAAUUAACCUCAUCAACACUACAAUCAAGAACUUCAAUAACAACAAAGAAUCAGUAGCAGCUAGUGAUAAAGAUCCUKACAAGACAGUAAGAAUACSUAUUCCYUUUAAGGAUCAAAAAUCAGCUAAUGCAGUUAGAAAGCAGUUUAAAGAUCUCAGCAGCAAGAUCGAAGUCACRAUYCAGYCCAUAUUUACCAGCAGAAAGRUCCAGGAUGUGUUAAGGCCCAGUGAAACUAAACCUAAACUUAUCAAUCAAAGCUGCGUUGUUUAUAAAUUCAAAUGUGAUCUGUGYGAUKYAGAUUAUGUUGGCAUGACAACCCGACACCUCUUUCAACGCAUAAUUGAACAUAAGUACAAUUCUACAGUAGGAAAACACUUAAAAGAACAUCAUGGAAUCCUCACGGGACCAAACCACGAACAAUUCAAUGUGUUGAAGAAAUGCAAAAACAAGUUCAACUGCCUGAUAUUUGAAAUGCUAUACAUUAGAAAGCUGAAACCAUCACUAAACGUACAAAGUGACUCUAUAAACGCCAAACUUUUUAUUUAA